GGCACAACUGUUGGGAGAUUUACAAACUAUUUUUCCUUCUUCUGACUUUUUUGCAAUUUGUUUUUUUUUUUUCCCUUUUUGCUCACGUUUUUGGGGAAUCCUCUGCCCAGUAAAGAUUUAUUCAGGCUGCAGGUUUAGCAAAAGAUAAAGGCUUUUCUCUCUUUCUAUCUAUAUUUUAUUUUUGUUUAUUUAUUUUUUUGCAGGAUUUCAGGAAUUUUCAGGAUUUGCAGGACACUUUUUUCUGCAGCAAUAUUACUGGAUUACUGUGCAUGAAACACAAGGAGAGAAGCUUCACCAUCUAGAACACAUACAUUUUCUUUUUCUAACCGGUUGCACCAUAGAUUUGGCUGCAGCAACAGGUAUUAUCCCAGUGCUUGUUGCUUUGUGUAUGGGGACAGCAGCAGCCACCUGGGUGUGAGCAGUUUGCAUUUUUUUUAUUUAUUUUUUGCACACAAUAUUACAGUGCAUCCCUAUGUUGUGCCAGUGAAGGGACUGCAUUGCUGGUGGUUGCCAUUGUUGUUGUUUUUUUGGAUUAUUUUGCAGGGACACCCCCCCUAUUUUCUGUAUUUUGAGCACUUUGUACCCCCAGAUCUCCUAUACAAUGAUCCUGUCUGCCUGCUUCAUCCUGACCCUGUGCCUUGGGCUUUGCCAGUGUCUGGGCUCUUUCGUGCACUGUGAGCCUUGUGAUGAAAAGGCAAUGUCCAUGUGCCCACCGACCCCUGUGGGCUGCGAGCUGGUGAAGGAGCCAGGCUGUGGCUGCUGUAUGACCUGUGCCCUGGCGGAGGGACAGUCCUGUGGGGUCUACACAGAGCGCUGUGCUGGGGGGCUCCGGUGUCUUCCCAAGCAAGGGGAAGAAAAGCCACUGCAUGCCCUACUCCAUGGUAGGGGGGUCUGCCUCAAUGAGAAGAUCUACAGGGACCAGGUCAAAAUAGAGCGGGAAUCAAGAGAGGAAAGUCCGACCACUUCAGACACCGACGACCAUUACCACCCAAAGCAAAAUCCCCGUAAAGUAGUACCUGCAGUCUCUGAGCAGAAAGUCCGAGCCCUGAACACCUAUCAGUGGAAGAAGCAGUCAGCCGCAAGGAUUGUACCAGUGGAGAACAAGGCCCAGACCAUCUCCUCUCCUGAGUACAACAUAGAGUCUGAACUGGGUCCCUGCCGUAGACAAAUGGAAACUGUCAUGCAAGACAUGAAAGUGUCUCAUCGUGUGUACCCCAGAGCUUUCUAUAUCCCCAACUGUGACCGGAAAGGAUUCUUCAAGAGAAAACAAUGCAAACCCUCCAGAGGCCGUAAACGUGGAAUCUGCUGGUGCGUGGACAAGUAUGGACUUAAGCUUCCAGGUAGUGACUAUGCCACUGGUGAUCUGCAAUGCCACAGCUUCGACAGUAGCAACAUUGAAUGAUUCCCUAGUCGUUGACCUCCUAUGGCUGGAUGGACGUGAUCACUUGUGUUUUUUUUUUUGUUUUGUUACUUUUGUCUUGGGAUGUCCACAAGGAUCUCUCCUUUUUCUUAUUUUUUUUUUUUUUUUUCCUCAUCUCAUCGGCGAUAGCAAACAAAUUAAAAAUCUUGAAAGCUUUGGAAGAUAUCUAUAAAAAAAGACAAUGAUGAAGAAACUGAGGAAAGGAGGAUGUCUAUGUACGAAACACAGUGUAAAGCUUGAGGUAACAGAGAAGCGAAACGUUUUUCUAGAGUAGAGAUAGAAGGUCUGAGCCGGCCCGGCCGUGGAAGAUGCUCUGUUGCUUUUAUUUUUUAUUUUUUGCUUUAUUUUUGACAAUGGGGAAAGGUCCCAGAAGCUCACGCUGGCUCCACGCUGUUGGUUUUGACUAAGUCCAAGCACAUGUAGAUUAUUUUUGAAACCUGUACCUUCACACAAAUAUUUUUUUCAGUAUGGUUCUUGUACUCUAUUGCCUAUAACCCGAUGGGCUUGUACCACCAAAAUGAUUUAUGAGGGAUGACCAAUUAGUCAUUAUCUACAGACAACCAGCAGGUAUCUUGCAUCUCAACCACGUCACUAGUGGCAAAAGAUAAUUGAGGAGGAGGUGAUAUUCUGGCUGGUUUUUCGAGGACUGACGCUCUAGAAAAUGCUAGCUUGUUACUUUCAUUUUUUUAUUUUUUUUUUGACGGGCACAGGACACUUGUGAAAAUGCACUCCAUAUGUAAAGCAUUGCUAUCUGUUCGUAGAAUGACUCAGUGUCACACCGUGCAUGGAAUAGGUGACUCCUGGUGCUCUUCACAAAGACCCUCUUUAUAUUUUGUGCCAUUUAAAAACAUAAAAAAAAAAAAUGACAGGGUCACUUACAUAUUUGAUCACAGCUGGGUCUGUAGAGAAUCCUUCCAGGUUCUUUUAGUGCUUUUUACCUUACAGUAGUAGAUCCCAUGCCUUAUUUGCAUAAAAAAAACUGUGACUUUUUUUAAUUUAUAACUAUAUAUAUAUAUAUAUUUUUUUUUGCUUCUAUUCCUGUAGUAGCAAGAGAUUGUUAAACUGUGUCCUGACCUCUCCCCUUCUUCUGCCAAAGCAUCUUGCCAACUAUUUUUUGCCCAUUUUCAAAUUGCCCAUUUUAUCAGCUUCUUGUUGAAGGCUUCACCCGCUGGUCCAGGUUCCUUUUCACUUAUUAAAGGGCGAUCGGGCACUAAAGUAGAUAUUGGUGCUGUUUGUUUUUUUGUUUUUUGUUUUUUCUUGAUGACGUUUCAAUAGUUUGUUGAAAAAGAUAAGCUAUAAGCUGCAACUUUUUGUUUCGUUGAGUCUAUCUUCUCCCAGUUCCUCCUCGAGUCAGAGACGGUCACCUGCUGGCUUGUGAGUUCUGAGAAGGUCAAACGACUCGAGCUUUAAAUAAAUGAAGGCUUUAGAUACCACUUUUCUAAGUCUUACAAAGCCAUAGGGAAGUUUUUGAGACACUUCAUGCUGAAUUCGUUAGGGUUUUUUUUUUUAAAAAAGGUGGAACAAAGAGAGAACUAUAUAUAAAGAAAAAAAAAGCCAGGAAGCUUGAGAAGACCAGACCAACAUGGUGACAAGCCUCAUGGAAUCUACCACUUGUUUCAAAAAGGAACAGAAGUAUAUAAUUAUACCACACUGCCGGAUGGGCUAUUGGUAUGGACCGAAGAGCAAAAUGGAGAACAUGUUUAAUUGAUAUGAAUGUCUUUAGAUUGAUGUUGAGACUGAGUGGGACGUUUAAAAGAAAAAAUUCAAUAAUUCAGUUUUCCAUGUGGUCAAGUCACCGUGUUUCGAUAUUAAGUGACUGGCACCAGUAUCAUUAAGUGGAAUUGCUGAUGGUUACACUUGGCAUUCCUUAAUUUGCUGCCUUUUAAUCUCUAUAUGGAAAAUGCAAGACAAAGAGUUAUUAUGUGGACUUUGCAAAAAAAGACGUUGACUGAACCCAACGCCCAGUGUGGCCUUCGGGACUCUUGAUAGAUGUUCAUUCAUUUUCCUUGGAAUUUAUGAAUAUUCUCUGAGUGACGCGUCCUUUCUUGAAAGCUUUGUAUUACUCCUGGCAACAACAACAACAACAAAAAAUCCAAAGUGUUAUUUUUGAUCUGUGUUGCUUUAAAACCGCUGGCUUUACCCAUUUAGAAAAUCCCAUUGCUUCUGCUCUUGCACUGUUAUGGAUGAGAAGGGUGAUGAAAUCUUUCAUGUGCACACGGUCGCCAUAUUGUACCUCUGUAUUGCCAGGUAUAACAGAGAUAUUCUCCCCCAAAACUUAUCCUUCUGGUGGAAAAUCCCUCUGAAAUAUAGCAUCCAAUGGAGCCGGCCGCAAUGUUUGGGCCCCUGAGUACACGAUGGGCUCACGGACAUACCUCUAUUAUGGCUAUGGACAAGUCAGAGCCUAUACGGUGCCGGGUACCUCCUUUGGGCUGAAUGAGGUACACAAUAUUUUGACAGUACAUAACCUGAGAGGUCAUAAUGAAUAAUUUUACAAAUGUUUUUGUAUAUCUACAGUACUGAGUGGGAAAAUGCAAAUUUUAUGUUGUUGUUUUGACUUUAAUGCAUCUUUAUGCAUAAGGAUAACUAAAAUGUCCAAAAAACAUGGCAAAAAUAUCAUUAAGAAUUAUCUACCCAUCCCUCAACAAUUAUCAAAAGUUGAAACUUCACAUGCAUUUUUUUUUUUUUACAUUUUAGUCUUUUAUAUUCAUUUUAUUUAUUUUUUUCCAUUUUUGUUUAAACAGUUUAGCAGUUUUUACAUCACUGGUGGCUGUCAUGUUAAUGGAUGGUUCAUGUACGUUUUCAUGUAUGCAGGCAAAUGCAGCGUCUCUGUGGACUUUUUAGGGCGAUCCUGAAGUCGGGAAUUAUAAUUCAAGACCACACAAAAUCCCAAAAAUCACAACCUCCAGAAAAUGGCUGCCAUUUUUUUAGUCAAAGAAAGUGCUUUUCUGCAGGGUUAGGUGCUUAGUCUUAGGCCUCAUGCACACGACCAUUGUUUGUCUCCGCGUCUGAUCCGCCGAUUUUAGCGUUUCAGAUGCGGACCCAUUAAUUUCUAUGGAGCCGUUGAUAGUGCACCGUUUGCCAUCCG